AUGUCAAUUCGAAAUGUUGUGGCAUGGAACACCAUGGUUGGUGGAUGUGGAAAUCAUGGUGAUGGCAAUGAAGUUAUGAUGCUCCACGGACAUAUAAGAAAAAAAACAAAACAACAUGAGAAAAAAACAAUGAAGUUCAAUGAUAAGUUCAAUGAUGGAAGUAUUCGACAGGUUCAUGAAUAUUCAGACACCAAUCUACCACAUUUCAGAUUCAGUGGUCAUUCAAGUAUUGCACUUCCACCUUACAAGUCAACUGCCAGAGCUCCUGCAAAGAAACAGAAACAUGACUCCGCCGCCAGCAUAUGCAAAGAUUGCUUAUCCGUUACUUGCUCAGAGCCGUUGACAUACACACCUCCUGGAUCACCUUGUGGUUGUGUAUGGCCACUUCAAGUUAAAAUCCGUGUCAGCAUUGCUGCAUACAAGUGUUUUCCACUGGUUUCAAAGCUAGCUGAUGAAAUUGCAGCGAGUGUUAUGCUGAACCAUACACAAGUUCGUAUUGUGGGAGCUGAUGCAGCCAAUCAACAACUAGAGAAAACCAAUAUUAUCAUUAACCUGAUACCAAAAGGAGUAAAAUUUGAUGAUACCGCAGCGUUAUUAAUAUACAGGAAAUUCUGGCACAGGGAGAUUCUAAUAGAUGAUUCCCUCUUUGGUACUUAUGAAGUACUCUAUGUUCAUUAUCCAGGACUUUACCUAACACCAGCUCAGAGAGAAGCAGUUGAAGCAUUGAUUCAGGAACUUCCAAAGUUCAUGUUAAAGGCUGUUCCUACUGAUUGCAGUGAAUGCCCCAUCUGCUUAGAAGAGUUCCGUGUUGGGAAUGAGGUUCGUGGCUUGCCUUGUGCACACAAUUCUCAUGUUGAAUGCAUUGACGAGUGGCUCAGGCUGAAUGUGAAAUGUCCUCGGUGCCGUUGCUCAGUGUUCCCAAAUCCUGAUCUUAGUGCCCUGUCCAAUCUCCGUCCAGAUUCUGAACGAUCUUCUGCCAGUGUUGUGACAACAACUAGCUAUGUGAGAGACCAAUCUUUACCUUGCCGAACUGGUGACUGCACAUCAAAACCAAACAUAUCCGAAUGA